CCAAAAGUACUGAAUGCAAAGCGAGCGUGGCGUCAAUCCCAUUAGCUGGCUGCAAGUCUUAAAGAUUCCAAACAAGAACCAUUGGUGACGAUGGCAGCGUUAGUGACAGGCCUCAUCCCCAUCCUGCGGACAGCAGCGGACGCCACCACCACCUACACGGGCCGCUCGCUGUGGUUUGGCUUCCUGUGCAUCCGCGUGGUGAUCCUCUUCCUGGCUGAGAUGCCCUUCCACAAAAUGGACUCGGACUUUAGCUGCAACGGCACCGGUGACAGCCUCUGCACCAAAGCCUGCUUCAACAGACUUUUCCACAAACCCAUGGUGUCGGCCUGGAACUUCAUGUUUGUCCUGGUCAUCCUCUCCGUCCUGGUCAUGGAGCUGUUCACCGCUCACCUGCGCUCCCGGGCCGAGAAGAGGAGCUGCCAGGCGAAGGCAGACAUGGAGCUGGCGGGCCAGGGAACAGAGGGGGCUCAGGUUGUGUCCAAAGACCCCACAGGGAAGAUGGUGAUUGAUCUCAAUAAAGACAGAGGCACAGUGGGCUUCUACCUGCUCAGCAUCACUCUGCGUAUGCUGAUUGAAUCCUGGUUUAUCUAUGUUCUGUUGGGUUGGAACCUGCCGGCUCUGGAUAAUGGUCCAUACAAUUGUAUCACAGACAUUUGCUCUCAGUUACGUGUUUGUGUUGUGAGGGCCGCUCCAGAGAAGCGCAUGUCGAUCUAUGCUUUAGCUUCUAUUUCAGGCAUGAUUGUUGGUUGUUCAGUAUUAUUUUCUAUCUAUGCCAUUGUUCACUACCUUUGCCACUUUUAAACAGCGACACAGCAUUUUUCCUUUGUAACAUUAUGACAACAACAUCAACAACAAUUCUCUUUCUUUAAGUUAUUACUGACUUAAAUUCCAUCUCCCACUUCAAGUCAACUUCAAAACAAGCCACAAUAUCUUAAAUAUAGCAAGAAUUAAUGGGUACACAUCUUAUUAAGAUCUAGAAAAACAUAUUCACACUUUAAAAUAAUUUACACAAGUUCACAGAUUUCUGCUUUGGCUUCCAAUGUCUCAAAGAGUUGACUUCAAAAUAUUCUUACUGGCUCCGGCCUCCUCUUGACCCUUAAAGGAUAAGCAGUACAGAUGAUGGAUGAAUGUUCCUACUCGUCUAUUAAUCAGUUAAUGGUUUAUGGACAAAGUAAAACACUUGCUUCCACAAUAUGAACCCUCCAGACCUCUCAGCUCAUGUUCCUGUAGAAUUAAAACAAAUCAUGAUAAUGCUGCGUUCACUUGCAAAGCAGAAUAAAGAUCUUAGAUGAUCCCCAAACAGGAUAAAUAUUUUUUUUGUUCACCUUACGCUUUUAAUUUUCUGGUAUUAAUUUCUCUCUGACUCUUAACUGCGACAUUGUAUGAAUUUCUAUGUUUUCAUUUUUUACAGACCUCACACUUGUUAGUCUUUUAGCUCUGUUCUUAUUACGUGUUUUCAUGUGAAGCAUUUUGAUGAUCCUCUGCGUCAUGUGAAAUGUGCCUCAUAAAUAAACUUGCCUCGCCUUUUAAUGAUC